CUCGGCUGCGGGCGCGGCGAGUGGAGAAGCUUUUGUGCCGGCCCAGCUGCCGGAGGCGCCGGCGACACCCAACAGCCCGCCAGCCCGCCAGUAGCACGGCCUGGGCUCUGGGGAAACCGGCGCUCUCGACUGGGCAGCCCCGGGCCUCUGCGCUCCCUCGGGAGCCUUUCACGAGGUCGGCUACGUUUUUGUUGUGCGCGUUCCUGAACUUUUGGUCCAUUAACCAACAAUUAGACACGCAGGUAUUCAGUGCCUGGCGCGGUGCUAGAUGCUGGGUGUAAUCUCAGAAAAAUACAUUCUGGGGUGCGCCUGAGGGUGCUGGCUGCUGGCAUCUCAGGUGCUUUACGUGCAUUCGUGAAGAAGUCCAUCAGUAUUUGUUGAAUACCAGAUCUCUAUUUCUGAACACAGACCCCCAAGCUAAGUGAAGCUUUAGCCUCUAAACUCAACAUGUAUGAAGCUUUGCCAUGCUCUGCUCCUGAAAAUGAAGAUGGCCUUGUGAAAGUGAAGGAGGAAGAUCCCACCUGGGAGCAGGUGUGCAACUCACAGGAGAGCAGCUCCCACACUCAGGAGAUUUGCCGCCUGCGCUUUCGGCAGUUCAGCUACCAGGAGGCUCAUGGACCCCGGGAAGCUCUGGCCCAACUCCGAGAACUUUGUCAUCAAUGGCUGAGACCCGAGAUGCACACCAAGGAACAGAUAAUGGAACUGCUGGUGCUGGAGCAGUUCCUGACCAUCCUGCCCAAGGAGCUCCGGCCCUGUGUGAAGACAUAUCCUCUGGAGAGUGGAGAGGAGGCAGUGACAGUGCUGGAGAAUCUAGAGACAGGAAGUGGAGACACAGGACAACAGGCCUCUGUCUAUAUUCAGGGACGAGACAUGUGCCCAAUGGUGACAGAAUAUCAAGGAGUCUCUUUGGAAUGUCCGAGCCUCCAGCUCCUGCCUGGAGUAACCACUCUGAAGUGUGAACCUCCACCGCUUCCUCAAGAGAACCCCCAAGAAGUGAGUGGGCCUGUUCCCCACGGAUCAGCUCAUCUCCAGGAAAAAAGCCCCAGAGACAAGGCUGCAGUGCCUGUGUUUAACCCAGUCAGGUCCCAGACAUUGGUGAAGACUGAGGAAGAAACAGCCCAGGCCCUUGCUACAGAGAAGUGGCCACAUCUGAGUCUGGCUCGGAGGAACCUCUGUGGGAACUCAGCUCAGAAGACAGUUACAAGCCUCAGUCUGAUGACUGAAGAAAUUGUAACUAAAGAUACAUUGUUUAAUGCAAAGCAAGAAACUUCUGAAGAAAUGGAACAAAGUGGAGAAGCCUCAGGAAAGCCCAACAGAGAGUGUGCACCCCAGAUUCCUUGUAGUACUCCUAUCCCUGCUGAAAGGACAGUUACACAUUUGAACACUCUGAAGGACCGUCACCCAGGUGAUUUGUGGGCCCGGAUGCACAUCUCAUCCUUGGAAUAUGCUGCAGGAGACAUUACCCGAAAAGGAAGAAGAAAAGACAAAGCUCGAGUGAGUGAACUGCUCCAAGGUCUCUCAUUCUCUGGUGACUCAGAUGUGGAAAAAGAUAAUGAGCCUGAGAUCCAGCCUGCUCAAAAGAAGUUAAAGGUGUCUUGUUUCCCAGAAAAGAGUUGGACCAAAAGAGACAUUAAACCCAACUUUCCAAGCUGGUCAGCACUAGAUUCUGGACUUUUGAAUCUCAAGAGUGAAAAGUUGAACCCAGUAGAGCUUUUUGAAUUAUUUUUUGAUGAUGAAACAUUCAACUUAAUUGUCAAUGAAACCAAUAAUUAUGCUUCUCAGAAAAAUGUCAGCUUGGAAGUCACAGUUCAGGAAAUGAGGUGUGUGUUUGGUGUCCUACUUUUGAGUGGAUUUAUGAGGCAUCCUAGAAGGGGAAUGUAUUGGGAAAUCUCUGACACCAAUCAGAACCUGGUUAGAGAUGCAAUCAGAAGGGACAGAUUUGAAUUGAUUUUCUCAAACCUGCACUUUGCAGAUAAUGGCCACCUAGAUCAAAAAGAUAAGUUUACAAAGUUGAGACCUCUCAUAAAACAAAUGAAUAAAAAUUUCCUCUUGUAUGCUCCCCUGGAAGAAUACUAUUGCUUUGAUAAGUCAAUGUGUGAAUGCUUUGAUAGUUACCAAUUCCUGAAUGGAAAGCCUGUUAGAAUUGGAUAUAAAAUUUGGUGUGGUACAACCACACAGGGAUAUCUGGUUUGGUUUGAGCCCUAUCAAGAACAAUCAACUAUGAAGGUAGAUGAGGAUCCUGACCUUGGGUUAGGUGGAAAUCUAGUAAUGAACUUUGCUGAUGUUCUUUUAGAGAGAGGUCAGUAUCCCUAUCACCUGUGUUUUGAUAGCUUCUUUACAAGUAUCAAAUUGUUGUCAGCCUUGAAGAAGAAGGGGGUGAGGGCAACAGGAACAAUUCGUGAGAACAGGACCGAAAAAUGUCCCCUUAUGAAUGUAGAACAUAUGAAAAAAAUGAAGAGAGGGUAUUUUGAUUUCCAAGUAGAAGAAAACAAUGAGAUAAUUUUAUGUCGUUGGUAUGGGGAUGGCAUUAUCAGUCUGUGCUCCAAUGCUGUGGGCAUAGAACCAGUCAAUGAGAUAAGUUAUUGUGAUGCUGAUGAUGAAGAAAUCCCUCAGAUAAGUCAACCAUCCAUAGUAAAAGUGUAUGAUGAAUGCAAGGAAGGUGUAGCUAAAAUGGAUCAAAUUAUUUCAAAGUAUAGGGUGAGGAUAAGAAGCAAGAAAUGGUACUCAAUUUUGGUAAGCUACAUGAUUGAUGUAGCCAUGAACAAUGCAUGGCAACUACACAGAGCCUGUAACCCAGGUGCUUCUCUAGACCCCUUGGAUUUUCGGAGAUUUGUUGCACAUUUCUACUUGGAACACAACGCUGAUCUGUCAGAUUAAGGCACAUAAAAUGGACAUAGUGCAGACAUUAAUAAGACAUAGAAAAAUAAUUGUACAUGCUGUUGUACCCUCCCGAAGUAAAUCUGAUAUAUGUAAUGAAGUUAUUAAAUAAUUAAUACUUUUAAAAAUCAGACAUUUAUAUAGAGUUUCAAGGACUAUUGUAACAAUGUUAAAAAUUAUCUGUGAAAAUGUUGAACUGUAGUACUUUUCUCUAUGUCAAAUUUUGUGUCAGACAUGGGAAAUCCUUUAUUUGUUCAAUUGA